CGAACACUUCAGACUCUAGGGGUCUCCAUCCUUCAGCAUCCACCUCUCGCGCACUACUCAUUUUGUGCAACGAGUAGAGAAGGAGAAGGCGACCGCACGGAGCCCAGAAGGAUCCGAGACACGCAUCCUCAGCGAAACCAAGGGGAACUUUGAUUUACCGAGUACUCUGAUGGAGACGAAGUACAGAAACCCCUACGCGUUUGGAUGAAUAACAGCACAGUCAAAGAAUGUAAGGUAUGCGGGCGAUGGACCCAGUUAAAUGUUUAGAUCUAUUUCAAUUUUCUCCGAACAUCUCCUGGUCUGCUCCAGCGUGACAGUACACUUCAAUGACUUCAGUAAGAACAGAUUCUUUUCCUACCUGUGUGGGAUUUUCUGCCGACUUGGGGGCCGUGAUGACUACUACAGUUCGUUCAUUGUUUCUGGUUCUGCUGAGCCAGCUGACCACGUACGCCCAGACAGAGAUGAAGAGGGUGGUGGGGGACAACGCCACGCUGCCUUGUCACCACCAGUUCUGGCAGGCGGAGGCCCCGACUCUGGACAUCGAGUGGCUGCUGCAGAAGCCCAACUCCAAGCAAAGAGUGGUCAUCACAUACUUCGCAGGCAAAGUGUUCGACCCCAACGAGCACGAGCCGGGCCGGCUGUCCUUUGCAGGGGACUACCUGAAAGGCGAUGCCUCCCUGCUCAUCAGUGACCUCAUGCUGACGGACACCGGAGAGUACACCUGCAAGGUAAAGACCGGAGGAAAGUACCACUGGAGCACGGUCAACCUCAUAGUGCUAGUCAAGCCUUCAAAGCCCCGGUGCUGGAUGGAGGGCCGCCUGCUGGAGGGCAGUGACGUCAAGCUGAGCUGCAGAUCGGCGGAUGGAUCCGAUCCCAUUCACUACAAGUGGGUGAGGGUGCUGGACAAGGGCAGGACCAUGGGAAAGCUGCCCCCGAUGGCCCUCAUUGAUUUGAAGAACCCUGAGAUUGUCACCCUGAGGAACCUGACUCAUGAGAGCACAGGCAUUUACAAGUGCACAGCGAGCAACGAUGUAGGAGAGGAGAAUUGCAUUAUUGAGGUGACGAUGCACUAUGUUCGGGGUGUGGGCGUGGUGGCAGGCGCAGUGGUGGGUGUUUCUUUCGGAGUGCUCCUCAUCAUCCUCAUUGUCUGGCUGGUCCUACGCAAGAAGGAGAAGAAGAAAUAUGAGGAAGAGGAGACUCCCAACGAAAUCAGGGAGGAUGCUGAGGCCCCCAAGGCCAAGCUGGUGAAGCCCAACUCGCUCUCCUCAUCCCGGUCCGGCAGCUCUCGCUCUGGCACCUCCUCCACACAGUCCAUGGUGCACAACAGUGUCCCCCGUGGGCCUCGUCCCCGGCUCCCCGCCGUGGCUGCGCUCAAGGAGAACGGACAGCCCCCCAGCUUCCCCCAGUCGCCCCCCGCUUACACGCAGGUGGUGCCCAAGACCCCCGAGCCUGGCACCCCCAAGCUCAGCCCCGGGAACCUGGCCAGGAUGGGUGCCACGCCAGUCAUGAUCCCCGCCCAGACCAAGGCCUUUCAGACUGUGUAGGAACUGCCCAGGACUCCCCCUGAAACAGGGCGUAAAAACCACCACAACCCUGUCCAGAUAGAAGCAGCCUCUUCAAGAACCAACAUCAAAUAAUAAAACGACUAAAGGAAUCAAUAAGAAAACAAAGUUAAAUGAAUGCAUUUUAAAAAAGGGAAAAUAAGAAGUGCUUGCCCCUUCUGAAUAUAAAAAGCCUUUUUGUUUCAGUCUCUCUCUCUGAGAAGGCAGAGCAUUUCCUUUUUAUUAUUGUUUAAGUCUGAAGGCAUGGGAGGCGACCUGCACAGCAAGGAGGAAGCGGCAAUAACUUCCUUCUGAAAUGAAUGAGUGUGGUGUAGGGUGCUAUGGGACUGGGUUUCCAGGUUGAGCAAACAGAGAAGGGUUAGAAACGAAGAGCCAUAGACAUUCCUGCUGCCCAAUGGGGAUAGGCUGUUGACAUGCUGCUGUCAUUCUCAUGUUAACCAGGUCAAACGGUGGGACCUCAGAGU